UGGUCGAACGCGUCGGGGCGUUUCAUUCUGAUUGGUUGACGACCGAUGCCCGGUGUCCGGGUAAGAUGGCGUCGGAAGAGCAGUGCUCGGCACCACCUCGAUGGCGGUCGAUAUCCUUAACCCACGUAGAGUAUCCGGCUGGUGAUCUGACGGGGCAGGUAUUGGCCUGCAUGAGCCUGUUACCCAUCGCGAUCCUCGUCGGAUUCGUCACUCUGAUCGUCUUCAAGCGAGAGCUACAUACGAUCUCUUUUUUUGGGGGUUUGAUCAUGAACGAGGGGCUAAACUGGCUGCUCAAACACAUUCUACAGGAGCCUCGGCCGUGUGGAGGAGGUCACAGCUCAGUCACGACAGAGUACGGGAUGCCUUCCAGUCACUCUCAGUUCAUCUGGUUUUUUGUUGUAUACUUUUUUCUUUUUCUUUAUUUAAGAAUGCAUCAGACGAACAAUGCCAGGUGUGUUGAACUGUUAUGGCGACAUAUACUGUCCAUCAUUCUACUGGCUGUGGCUCUGUCCGUUUCAUACAGCAGAGUCUACCUCCUGUACCACACCUGGAGUCAGGUGAUAUAUGGGGGUGUGGCCGGGGUGGUGAUGGGAGUGGUUUGGUUUUUUAUCACCCAAGAGGUUCUAACGCCACUCUUUCCCAAGAUAGCAGCCUGGCCGAUCUCAGAGUUUUUUCUGGUGAGAGAUACGAGUCUCAUUCCCAACAUCCUGUGGUUUGAAUACACAGUAACCAGAUCAGAAGCCAGAAACAGACAACGAAAGCUGGGAACGAAGCUUCAGUAAAUUUUUGCGCAACCCAGUGCAAACUGACAGAAAGGACCACACACACACACACACACACACACACACAAAUACAAACACACUGGAGUUUCAUAGUCUGGACUGUUCUGGUUGAUGUGAACGCGCAGAACAGUGUACUUGUGGACCAAAGGAGCGAGUUCGUAUCGCAGACGUGACCGUUAUCACACGACCCAACCGUUCGCACGACAACAUGGCCUUCUCCUCCCCCGUCCUUAGGCUGCCCCUGCGUUCCUAAUGCAUGCGGACCGUGCAAGAGACAAAAAACUAUUUAAUGACAAAUGUAAUAUAUAUUUUAUUCAUUACCGUUCACAGGGAACACACGCAGAAGGUGGGAAGAGGUGGAAGUGAACGAAAAAGUUUUACGACGCGACAAACUUAUCAGCAUGGCAUUACUUUUAUUUAAACGAUGCGUUAAAGGAGCAGGGACAGGAAUGCUGGGUAAUAAACACAGGAGAGGAGGAGGAGGAGGGGAAGAGGAAUGCAGAAACAAAUGCAAACAUGGAUGAGGGUGGGGGGACGAAAAUUGCUUUUGCUCGUUUGUGUAUCUUAAAAGACAUGAAUACUCAUCACAAAAUAUGUCCAGGUCACAUUUCACCCCAAAAUAAUAAAAAAGAAAUUCAAGCCUAUUUUUAAGGGCAUUUUUGUUUGCAUUUGUGACAUUUUCAUAAGGGGCGAAGCAUAUUUAACAUGUGUCCAGACAUUUUUUUAAUUCUCCAUAUUUUUGAAUAUUAUGAAAAUUGCUGCCAUGUAAAAACUCUUAAUGGUUUCAUUUUCUUUUGGCAAAAUAAAUAUUUAUUUUUCAAUUUUGAGGUGAAACAUAUGGAAGCCGAUUCUGCCAUGGAAUUAAAAAAAACUUUUUAUCUCACAGUUCUGACUUCUUUUUCUAAAAAUUAUAUCUCACAGUUUUGCCCUUUUUUGUACAAAUGAUUAAAUUCUGAGUUUAUAUCUCACAAUUCUGAUUAUUUGUUAAUAUAUUUAUAUUUUUUUGUUUUCUUUUAUUUUGUUUAGAUAUUACAAUUUCAACACUUGAAAUCUUGGAAUUCUGGCUUUUUUUUUUAUUUAUAUGUCACAAUUUUGACCCUCUUUUUUUUUUUUUAAGCAAAUGAAUAAAAUCUAUUGUGUAUAUUUUGCAAUUCUUAGUUUAUAUCUCACAAUCCUGCCUUUCUUUUUGCAACUUUUAAUUUAUAUAUUUAACUUUCAACACUUGAAAUUUAGCAAAUAAGAAAUCCAAGAUUUCCUAGUGUCAAAAUGUAAAUAUUGAAACAAAAAAAUGCAAAAAAAAAAAAAUGUUUAUAUAUUGCAGUUUCGACACCUGAAAUCUUGGAAUUCUGACUUUUUUUUUUAAAUUAUAUGUCACUAUAUAUAUAUAUAUAUACAUAUAGCAAUUUAAUUUUGACACUAUACACAUUUUUUGUUUAUAUAUUGCAAUUUUGACUCUAAGAAUUGCAAGUUAUAUCUCACCAUUCUGAGUUUAUAUCAAACAAU